AUGCUUUCAACUAAAGCUCAAACCAGAAUUUGCUCUUCAAAGCACGCUGCUCAGCUCUCUAGAACCCUUACUCCAUUUCUCCGAGAGUCAACUCUAGGUUACCAUGCCGGCUUGAGAGCAGGCGUUGUUACCGUAUAUCAGCAUGGUAGCAUAAGGUCUUUCUCGAGCACGCCCGAGCGGAAACUACGAGACUUUUUCCCCACGAAAGAGACUGAACACAUUCGGCAGACCCCUCCUGCGUGGCCUCAUCAUGGCUACACUGAACAAGAGAUGCUCAAUGUAGUACCGGCUCAUCGAGCUGCUGAGACGUGGGGAGAUUGGGCGGCCUGGAAGUUUAUGCGGUUAUGUCGUUGGGGAAUGGACUUUUGUACAGGCAUGAGAUCUGAACAAAAGGUGGACAAGAAGAACCCUACGACAGCUAUAUCUACUAUCCAACCAUUAACCGAAGAGCAGUGGCUGGUACGGUUCUUGUUCCUCGAGUCGAUCGCCGGUGUACCCGGCAUGGUCGCCGGCAUGCUUCGACAUUUGCACAGCAUGAGACGACUCCGGCGUGACAACGGCUGGAUCGAGACGCUCCUGGAAGAAUCAUACAACGAACGAAUGCAUUUGCUUACAUUCAUGAAGAUGGCCGAGCCCGGAUGGUUCAUGAAAUUAAUGAUUCUAGCUGCCCAAGGAGUAUACUUCAACGGCAUGUUUGUCUCAUAUCUCAUUUCCCCCAAGGUCACGCAUCGGUUUGUUGGCUAUCUGGAGGAAGAGGCUGUCCAUACCUACACCAUGGCGAUCAAACAGAUCGAAGAUGGGCAUCUCCCGAAGUGGACAGAUCCAAAAUUUGAGAUUCCUGAGAUCGCUAUCAAAUACUGGCAUAUGCCCGAAGGCAAGCGGACAAUGAAGGAUCUCGUCCUUUAUAUUCGUGCUGACGAGGCUUGCCAUAGAGGUGUCAACCACACUCUGAGCAACCUCAACCAGAAGGAAGAUCCAAACCCUUUUGUUAGCGAGUAUAAGAGCCACCGUCCCCCACCCAGUCCAGCUGCUAGGCCGCAGGGCUACGAGCGUACCGAAGUCAUCUGA